UUCCUGAUGCUUACUGUUCCCAGCUUCACUUCACAGUUCUGUCUUUAAGACAGAUUAAGUCGGUGUUUAUGUUCCACUGGUCUGUUCGAGAGGCCUGUGACAGAACUGGAUCUCUGAGGAAGGAUUGAGGAACAAAGGAAGCUGCCGUUUCUGUCACAGAUGAAUAAAAUGAACAAGAAAUACACGAUGAUCCAGAAGGAAUAUACCGGACAUGAAAAGCUGGUCUUGGUUCAGGCGAGUACCAGCAAGAAAUAGAAGAAUAUCACACUACACAGAAGUCUUUUUUUUUUUUUUAACUAAUUUUUACUAAUGACUAACAUGGAGAAAAGAAAUGUGGAUUUUAAAGAAGAGGAGUGUGAUUGGGAAUAUGUGCAGCAUAAGAUGGGUCAAUCCAACAUAAAGGAGGAGGAGGAUUGUGAGUGGGAGCCUACUGGCAUUAAACAAGAGUCUGAGACAUUCUUAGACACGCACAAAAAUGAAACUGUACGCAGUGUCAAGGAAGAAGAUUUGUCUCCGUAUUUGUAUCCGCAUGAAGAUGUAACUGGAUUAGGGUUCACACCGAGUAGAGAGCUCUCUCUACAGAAUCCUCUUGUCCACAUGAAAUCUGAAACUUUGAAUAGGACUGGGAAGGCCUCCUGUUCAUCUCAUAUUGAAGAAGAUUCACAAGAGAGUGCCAACAUCUCCUUGCCUUCAUUUUUUCAGGGCAGACCUGAACAGAUAAAAAAUAUGAGGACAUUGACAUCUGAAAAUUCCGAGAUUUUGAUACCAGCCACAGUGCACAAUAGUUGUCAGCCUGUCGUGAAACUAAGAAGGAUAAACAGAAUCAACUCACAACCACAUGUGGAAAAUACAAGUACAGCAGCUUUGUCUGGCUGUCAAGAGAGGGAGACAUCAUCUAAACACAAAUCCAAAAACAAAAAUAAGUGGAGUCAUAUGAGGGAGAAGACAUAUUGCUGUUCUCACUGUGGCAAACAGUUCUUUGACAAUAGCAGCCUUCAGAGGCACGCAAGAAUCCACACUGGAGAGAAGCCGUUUUUUUGUUCAGAAUGUGGCAAACGAUUCUUUGACAGCAGUAGUCAUCAGCGACACGCAAGAAUCCACACUGGAGAGAAGCCAUAUUGUUGUUCUGAUUGUGGCAAGCAAUUCUCUACAAGUAGCAGUCUUCAGAUCCACAAAAGAAUUCAUACUGGAGACAAGCCAUUUUUUUGCUCUGAAUGUGGCAAAGGAUUCUCUGACAGUAGCAGUCUUCAGAGACAUACAAGAAUUCAUACAGGAGAGAAGCCAUAUUACUGUUCUGAUUGCGGCAAACAGUUCUCCACCAGCAGUAAUCUUCAAACCCAUAUAAGAAGUCACACUGGGGAGAAGCCAUAUUGCUGUUCUGACUGUGGCAAACGAUUUUCCACCUGUAGCAGUCGUCAGAAACACUCAAGGAUUCACAGUGGAGAGAAGUCUCAUUGCUGUCCUAAAUGUGGCAAACAGUUCUUCUCCAGCAGUAGUCUUCAGACACACACAAGAAUUCACACUGGAGAGAAGCUGUAUUGCUGUUCUGAAUGUGGCAAACGAUUCUCAGACAGUACUCAUCUUCAGAUCCACACCAGAAUUCACACUGGGGAGAAACCGUAUAACUGUCCUAAGUGUGGCAAACGAUUCUCUGAGAGUAGCAAUCUUCAGAAACAUUCAAGAAUCCAUACCGGAGAGAAGCCAUAUUGCUGUUCUGAAUGUGGUAAACGAUUCUCCGAUAGUAGUAGUGUUCACAGACACAUAAGGAUUCACAAUGGAGAAAGGCCAUAUUGCUGUUUUAACUGUGGCAAACGAUUCUCCACCAGUAGCAACCUUCAGAAACACAGAAAAAUUCACACUGGUGAAAACCAGAGCAAUGCAGCAAAGAGUCCCAGCUCAAGAAUGAGCUUUACUCCUCUCUUGUCCACCACCUUUUUGGCUGUUCUCACUAAGGGCCCAUGUAUGUUAUAUCUUUUGGGUCUGACCUUUUCUUUGAGUGGGAGAUACAGUAAGGAAGGCCAUCUGUGCAAAAUUAGGGUGCAAGCACUCCCUACACAACAGAAGAAGGAAAGGGAGAAUUUCAUAGUUGGCCAGAGUCUCCCUUUUGCCAUGGAGAGCAAAACAAAUCUGGACAUUAAAGAAGAAAGCUGUGAAUGGGAAUCUGUGCAGCACCAGAUGAACAUUUAUAGCAUUAAGGAAAAUGACAAGUGUAAAUCAGAAACUGUAGUCCUCAAGGAGGAGUCUGAGCCAACGUCUCACUCCACUGACCUGCAAAACCAUGUCAAGAUAGAAGACGUUAAAUCUGAGCACGUGCCCCCAGGUGAGGACUUAACUGGAACAGGAAUUACGAAAAGUAGAGCUUACUCCCUCCACAACCAUUCUGUCCAAGUGAAGACCGAACCUUUGGAUUAUGACAUGAAGAGAAUUGAGAAGGCAUCGUGUUCAACUUAUUCUGAUGAAGAUUUACAAGAAAGUGGCACCAUCUCCCUGUCUUCAUUUCCUGAGACCACUCUUCAAUGUAGACCACAGCAAAAUGAAAAUAUGAAAAUGCUGACAGCUGGAUCAUCGAUUUUGUUACCUGCCACGUUGCCAUUUACUUUUCUGCCUUUAGUAAAAUUAACAAGAAUAGACAAGGUAAACACUCCCCAAAGGGUGCAUAAUACAAAUUCUGCAUAUUUGAAUGUCAGCCAGGAGCACAGGAGAACGUCUAAACAAAAAUCUAAAACUAAAAAGAAGCGGAGUUCCACAAGACGGAAGUCACAUUACUGUUCUGAAUGUGGCAAACACUUCUCACGAUCUGGCCAUCUACAGGCCCACACAAGAAUCCACACAGGAGAGAAGCCAUUUUGCUGCUCUGAGUGUGGCAAACGAUUCACCAUCAGUAGCCAUCUGCACAUCCACACAAGAAUUCACACAGGAGAAAAACCGUAUUGCUGUUCCGAAUGUGGAAAACGAUUCACCAACAGUAGUUAUCUUCAGAUCCACAAAAGAAUUCACACUGGAGAGAAGCCGUAUCGCUGUUCCGAAUGUGGAAAACAGUUUCUCACCCAGAGCAUGGUUAAUGUUCAUGCCAGAGUCCAUACUGGAGAGAAGCCAUAUUGUUGUUCAGACUGUGGCAAAAGAUUCUCCACCAGUAGCAUUUUUAUGAGUCACAGAAGGCUUCACACUGGAGAGAAACCGUAUCAGUGUUCUGACUGUGGAAAACAAUUCUCCCAAGUUGGUGGUCUUUUGAUCCACAGAAGAAUUCACACUGGUGAGAAGCCAUAUUCCUGUUCUGAAUGUGACAAAUGCUUCUCCACAGGAGGUAGUCUUCAGUACCACAAAAGAAUUCACACUGGAGAGAAACCGUACUGCUGUUCUGAAUGUGGUAAACAAUUUGCUCAAGUAGGUAAUCUACAAAUUCACAAGCGAACUCACACUGGAGAAAAACCAUAUUGUUGUCUUGAAUGUGGCAAACAGUUUGUCACUAGACACAAGCUACGCAUCCAUGCAAAAACCCACAUUGGAGAGAAGCCAUAUUGCUGUCCUGACUGUGGCAAACGAUACACUGAAAAACGCUGUUUUCAGACCCACAGACGAAUUCACACAGGAUAUAGUUUUGGCCCUGAAGAGAAAACUAUAAAAGUUAGAUUUGCAACAUUUCUCUAUUUCACUGGAGAAGAGGCAGGAAAACUGAUGUACAACAUGGAGGAAAUAAGUCCAGUUGCCGUCAAGCGUCAUUUUUUGAGAUAUAAAUAUGAAGAGGCAGAAGAGAGGAGUAAUGUUGAUGAAAGGGCGAAUCGCGCACACCACAUGUGUCUCCCUUUUACGAAUACCCUGGAGAGAAGAAGUAUGGACGUUAAGGAAGAGGACAAUGAAUGGCAACAUGUGCACCUUCUUCAAAAUAGUCCUAGCAUUAAGGAGGAGAACUGUGAAUCUGAGAGAGCAUAUGAUGUGCAGAAAACGGAAAUUAAAAGCAACGUGAAAGAAGAAGACCUUAAACGGGAGUGUGUCUCGCGGUAUGUGCAUCCAGAAAUGACUGGUUUAAGCUGCCCUCCAAGCAGUCACCCCUCUCUACAGCAUCAUUCUGUCCAUGUGAAAUCUGAGUUUUUGGAGCCAGAAAUGAAGAGGACUGAGAAAGUGUUGGGUUCAACGCCUUCAGAAGAAGAUUUUCAAGAAAGUGUUACCUACUUCCCUUCAUGUUUUGAGUCCGCUCUUCACCGUACACCACAGCGAAGUGAAAAUGUGAAAAAGCUGACAGUUGGAUCAGAGAUUUUGACCCUAACCUCAUUCCCAUACAGUUCUGUAUCUGUUUUGAAGUUAGAAUUGAGAGAUACACCCAGCACUCAAGAGGUAUCAUCUUAUGUCUGCCAAGAUCAGAAUACAACCUCUAAAGAAAUAUCUGAGAACAAUCAUAAAUGGAGUCAUGCACGAAAAAACCUGUACUGCUGUAUUGAAUGUGGGAAACAGUUCUCCAAGAAGUAUAGGCUUCGGAUACAUACCCGAAUUCAUACUGGAGAGAAGCCAUAUUGCUGUUCUGAUUGUGGGAAAUGCUUUUCCACUGGUAGUCAUCUUCAGAAACACAAAAGAAUACACACUGGAGAAAAGCCAUGUUGCUGUUGUGAAUGUGGGAAAUGUUUUUCCACCAGUAGCCAUCUUCAAACUCACAGAAGAAUUCACACUGGAGAAAAACCAUAUACCUGUUCUGAAUGUGGAAAACGAUUCUCCAAGAAUUACAAGCUUCAAAUCCACACAAGAAUUCAUACUGGAGAGAAGCCAUAUUGCUGUUCUGAAUGUGGGAAAUGCUUUUCCACCAGUAGCGCUCUUCAAAUCCACAGAAGAAUACACACUGGAGAGAAACCAUAUUGCUGUUUUGAAUGUGGCAAACGAUUCUUAGAAAAAAGCAAGCUGCAGAGUCAUGCAAUAAUUCAUACUGGGGAGAAACCAUAUUGCUGUUCCAUGUGUGGCAAACAAUUUUGCAGGAGUAGUGAUCUAAAGACACACAUGAGAAUUCAUAUUGGAGAGAAGCUGUUUUGCUGUUCUGAAUGUGGAAAACGAUUCUUCACAGCUACUGAGUUUAAGAUUCAUACAGCAGUACAUACCGGAGAGAAGCCGUAUUGCUGUUCUGAAUGUGGUAAACAAUUCUCCAGGAGUAGCCGUCUUCAGAGACAUACAGAAAUUCACACUGGAGAGAAACCAUUUUGUUGUUCAGAUUGUGGGAAGCAAUUCUCUAGCAGUAGUAGUCUUCAGAACCACACUAGCAUUAACCAUGAAGAGAAAGCAUUUUGCUCUUCUGAUUGUGGAAAACAUUUCUCCACUAGUUGCCACCUUCGGACCCAUUCAAGAAUUCACACUGGAGAGAAGCUAUUUUGGUGUCCUGAAUGUAGCAAACAAUUCUUCACAAGCAGUGCACUUCGGAAACAUUUACGAGUUCACACUGGAGUGAAGCCAUUUUGCUGUUCUGAUUGUGGAAAACAAUUCUACACAAGUAGUCAUCUUCAAACCCACAUAAGAAUUCAUACCGGAGAAAAGCCAUAUUGCUGCUCUCAAUGUGGAAAGCGAUUCACUACCAGUAGUUAUCUUCAGACUCACAUAAGAGUUCACACUGGAGAGAAGCCAUUUGGUUGUUCUGAGUGUGAGAAACGAUUUACCACCAGUAGCAGUCUUAAGAAACACAAUAGAAUUCACACUAGUGAGAAGCCAUAUUGCUGUUUUGAAUGUGGAAAACAAUUCUCACAAUUAAGCAAUCUUCAGAAACACAGAAAAAAUCACACUGUGUGAUUCACAUCAGAUCUUAUAUUUCAUAUUAUGAAAUGGAUCCAAAAAAGUAGUUCAUCUCUCAGAUUAAAGAGUUUCCAACCCCUUGCCUCUUCACUGGGGUAGGUGAUGGUGGGAGCUGAAGUGCAAAAUCUUCAGAUGGUGACAGUUGAGAUGGAAAUGCUGCUGGCUGCAUCGUAGUGAAACAGAUGAGACCACAUCAAUGUUCCUUGGACGGGAAAGUAAGAGGACUUGAUAUCAUCCACUGCUCAACCGAAGAUAAAGUGGAGCUCAUGCACUGCAGUGUUUUUAUAGCAAGUCCAGAAUUUCUAACUACAGCAUAUGCAAGGGACAUAUGUACAAAAACACUCAAAUAUGAAAGGACACACAUGGAAAAUGAUCAUCGGCCAGAAGUGGAAUGCCCUUGAAAGCAACCGAUUCUCAACAAAGGAGAAGCUUCAAGGGAGCUAAGAAAAGAAGGAGGUGGAGGUACAAUGCAUUGAAAGUGUCAACAGAAACCAACCAGAAAUCACUAGUGAAGAUCACCCCAGUGGUCUGAGAAGGGGAACCACCAAAAAUCAGUAGAAAGGCAACCAAAAGAAUAAAGCCACUAAAGCAGAGGGUCUCAAGUCCAGUUCUAGGGUACCACUGUGGCUGCAGGUCUUUAUUCACAAAUCAAUAGAUAACGUAGGCCUCCACUAAACAUUGGGACUGAAAUCCCAGUUUUAUACGAGGGAUGUUCAAAAAGUUUCCACACUUUGAUAUUUUUGUUGGAAACGGUGAAGGUGGGAGUAGUCAUUAAGCAUUAAAAAGUCGGUAUGACGCUGGGAAAAUUGCACUGCAAACGAAGGUGACUAUGUAGAAAAGUGAUGUCAUUUGUGUAUGAAAUUCUUAAUAAAUAGAGUUAAAAAAAGGUGCAGAAACUUUCUGAACGUCCCUCGUAUGUGAACCCUUGAGGACUUGAGUGGCAAACAGCAGGUAUAAAGGCUUGAUGUCUGUGAUACAGGUGAGGUUUAAGGUUUUUACUUAGGCGUGAUUAAUCCAGUUCAAUGUAUUCUUAUUAAAUACACUUCUGCUUGAUGGGCCCAGCAUGCUAUACAGUGAGUACAAAUGGAAAAUAAAAUGCAACCAGCUCAAAAACAUCCAUGUUAAAGCAGUGAAGUCCCUCACGAGUCUCUCUUUGGACCUUUUACUCUUUCUAAUUGACGUUAAUGACGUUGAUUCCAGUAUAGUUUCUAAACUUGUUAAAUGCGUAAAUGACACUAAAAUUGAAGAAAUAACGGACACUGAAGAGGCAGCAGAAAUAAUUUAAAUGGACUUGGACAGUCUGGGCUGACACUGGGAAAUUGAAGCUUAAUGUAGAAAAGUGUGACGUGCAGCACAAAGUCAAAAGGAGUGUUGGCUUACAGGAGCCAUGAUGUGGUCUUACAGGAAGCAACCAGUGAAGAGCAUUCAGGGGUUUAUGGUGACAGGACCCCAUCUAGGCAGUGUGCAGAGGCAGU